UUCGCUGCCCUUCUUCCAGAGCCGUCUGGAAGGCGCUGCUUGCUUCAAAUCUUGACACGCACGUGUAGCUUGUCGCUGAACUUAACUGUGAGGGACGAGGCAGCCGCUUGACUCGGAUAGCUACAAGUUACGUAAUAUUUCAUCCUGCAAGCGAAGGUUACAACCAGAACCGACCUAACUAGCAUUUAAUUAUCUAUUGGACUAGAAACCACACUGCGUCUCAGCUGCGAUCAGAGACACCAGCAGAAGUGCUGCAGCCCUAACUAGCUGCCAUCUGACUCUGCAGCAGUUAGCUACGUUAACUCGGUUUGGAGAAGGAGGACUGCGUUAACAUAGUUGAUUUAUUGAAGACAUUUUAUAGCCAGCUAUGACUGCAGAAGAAGUUGCAAAUGAUGGAAACAGCAUCCCAAUCGAGGGAGAAGACAUAACUUCCAAGAAAGAUGGAGGAGUCCUGAAGCUGGUGAAGAAGGAGGGCACAGGUACAGAGUUGCCUAUGACAGGCGACAAAGUAUUUGUGCACUAUGUUGGUACACUUUUGGAUGGUACACAGUUUGACUCCAGUCGGGACCGUGGAGAGAAGUUCUCUUUCGAGUUGGGCAAAGGUCAGGUGAUUAAAGCAUGGGAUAUCGGUGUAGCAACAAUGCGUGUUGGUGAGAUCUGUCAGUUGAUCUGCAAACCUACGUACGCCUAUGGAGCUGCUGGCAGCCCACCUAAAAUUCCACCCAAUGCCACACUUGUGUUCCAGGUUGAGUUGUUUGAGUUUCAUGGGGAAGACAUCACUGAGGAUGAAGAUGGUGGAAUUAUUCGUAGAAUUGUCACCAAAGGAGAGGGCUACACUAAACCCAAUGAGGGAGCUUCUGUGGAAGUGCAUGUGGAAGGUAAUCAUGAAGGGCGUGUGUUUGACAAUCGGGACCUAAAGUUUGCGGUGGGAGAUGGAGAGAGUCUUGACCUGCCGCCUGGUGUGGAGAAAGCAUUACAGGCUAUGGAGCAGGGAGAGGAGUCUCUAUUCACUAUAAAACCAAAAUAUGGGUUUGGAAAUGCUGGCCAUGCCAAAUUUAACAUUCCAUCUGGUGCAACACUCGAAUACAAAAUCAAAUUGACAGCUUUUGAGAAGGCAAAAGAAUCCUGGGAGAUGAACACUAGUGAGAAACUGGAGCAGAGUGUUAUCGUCAAAGAAAAAGGAACUCAGUACUUCAAAGAUGGAAAAUACAAGCAGGCAGCAGUGCAGUAUAAGCGCAUUGUGUCCUGGCUGGAGCAUGAGUCAAGUCUGCAGGGGGAGGAGGAAGAGAAAGCCAAAGCCCUGCGGUUGGCAGCUCACCUUAACCUGUCCAUGUGCUACCUAAAACUACAGGAACCCAACCCUGCCCUUGAGAACUGUGACAAGGCACUGGAAUUGGAUGCAAAUAACGAAAAGGCUUUGUUCAGAAGAGGAGAGGCGCUUUUUGUGAUGAAGGAAUUUGACAGAGCAAAAGAUGACUUCCAGCGUGUCAUACAGCUGUAUCCAGCCAACAAGGCGGCAAAGAGCCAAGUGUUGCUGUGCCAGAAACACAUCAAGGAGCAGCAUGAAAAGGACAAACGCCUUUAUGCUAACAUGUUCCAGAAGUUUGCAGAGAGAGACGCUAAAAAGGAAGCAGAGCAAGCAAAGAAAGAGACUGACAGUGCAAUGGACAUAGAGGAAAAUGCUAAAAAGGAAGCAGAGCAAGCAAAGAAAGAGACUGACAGUGCAAUGGAGGUAGAGGAAAAUGGAGCCCAGGAGCAAACUGCAGCAUAAGAAAAUGUUUACGUGUGUGUGUGUGUGUGUGUGUGUAUAAUUAACUUUUUAAAAAUGUUUUUGUACCUGCUUUGAUUUUGUUCCUUUGAAAUGUGUGUGUGUGUGUGUGUGUGUGUGUGUGUGUGUGUGUGUGUGUGUGUGUGUGAAUCUGAGUGUCUGAUCCUGAUGUACAUUUUUUUUUUUUAGUUUGCCCUUGUCCCUUUCUCUAGGCCUUGCUGGCAGUGUCUGCAUUAAAUUUGUUUGUGAGGCAGCUAGUUGGCCCAGCUGUGUACUUUGCUGCUACUCUGUGUGGCAUGAGAUAGACUGAAGGUUAUAAAUGCUGACUGCAGCCCUACUCAGCCAAUAGCCAAUACUGCAGCCUCUAAGACUGGCCUGACACCAAUACUGAUAUUAAACAAUAUAUCAGAGCAUCAUUAUGUAGCGCUGCUGUACUGUUUAGAUCAUUACUGUUCUGCUGUUAAACCUAAGAUGCAUGGAAACCGUCAGGGUAACAAGACUGUUUUGGUGGUAUUAAUUAUCUUUAUGGUUUGUACAUUGGAUAGCUGUUUUUUCUAUUUCUUUCACUUUUGACUGUCCAUAGAUUUAUUAAGCUGUAUGAUUU